GUGACUGGCGUCGCGAGCUCGCGUCGCGAGUAAACAGAGUAGCGUCCCCCGCGUUGUCGCGUCUCCGCUUAAACGAUAAUAUAGGCAUAAGAUCUCUAAUUUGUGAGUAGUUAGGUGAAUUGUGUCUUCAGUUUGUGGUCGAUGUGGUGAUUUCUUAAAAUUUCACCGUACUGGAGUUGUAUUGCAUGGAUAACUGAACCCCAUGCGGACAGCUGGACCGGUUUGUUUGUUAUUAUCAUUUUCACAUAUCAGUCUUUGCCUACUUUCUUUGACUCAUGCUAGUUACAUUUUAGUGCGCGAGAUGUAUUUUCAGUGCAAAGGGAAGGGUUGAUAUCAAAAUCAAAUGAAAUUACAGUCGAAGAAAAUACAUUUUCCUUUAUCAUGAGUGCUUGUGCCUUGAAGAUAACAAAGUUACCUCAGCAGAUUUUAUCCGUUUGGAAGCGCAAGACCUAGUUGUCAUGUUUCCCGAACCACAGUUUAAGCUCAUGGAACGGUUACAAAUUGCAAGGAAGUUCAGAGCCUACAUGACUCAAAUCAAACAGGGCCUGCAUGAAUCGUGGGGGUUCUCGAGCCCAAGUGUUCAAGUAAAUAACUUCCUUGCUGAUAAGCCUCAGGCCGAAAAUUCAGAUGGCAGAAGUAAUAUUGUUGAUGCUCAUUUCACGCCUGUAUUGGGUUGCUCUUUAAGAAAGCGUAAGUCUUCAACUACAAAGAACGAUGGCGGCAGCAGCGAUAGUGGAAUGACUGAGGAGGAGGAUGGUGAUAGUCACAAAUCUGACAAAUCAUUUGAGAUUGAUGAUGACGAUAUGACUUUAAGAAUUAGUUCGGAUUCAGAAGGAGAAAGAACGCCAUGCAAGAAAUUGAAGUUGAGCACUCCAACUGUUGAUUUCUCCUCAACUGAUGCUCCACUAGUAAAUAAGAAUGUUUUAGGGAAGAAGCGCAAGAUCCUGGUUGAAGCAACGGCUGCUGUUGAUGAAUUAAAUUUGGAAAAUUUUUUUAACUCUGAAGGCCAGAGCCAAUGCAGCGCUGUCCUGUCCGGUUACAAGAGGGUUGGGUAUUUGGAAAGGAAAGACAGAUUUCUAAUUGCUAGGAGUCUAGCAGAGUGGUUGGUGAAUCGCAUUGAAAACCCUUCUCAAGAACUUUAUUUCAAACUGAGAAAUAAGAUAAUCAAGUUGUUCCCUCGGGAGAAAGCUAAGGUUUGGUACCUGUCUCCUGGGUCUGAGGGACCACAGCAGAAGAAUGCCAAGGGGAUUCUUCAAAACGCAGUGAAGAACUUGAAAACCUUUUUAAGGGGAAAAGGAAAAAUCCCCUCAAAGCCAAGAAAAUCAAAAAAAUCACUGCCAGUGAUCAUUCCUAGUGUUGACUAUUCAAAUGAUGAGCAAGCUGCUACAGAAUGGCUCAGAAGGAACUUUGAGCCUCUCACAGAGGUGAGAAGAAACUGGAGGGUGUGUGCCAGGCCCCGGCUACAAGAACUUGUAGAGUUCAAAAAGUUCAAACCUCACGAGUAUAUUUCCAAAUGGGAUGAAAUAUUAAAGCUUCCGAAUUCUCAUGAACUGAUAACAGAUGACUUUGAAGUUCUUCCCUCUAUAAUUGAGGCUUAUGCACCACUGAAAGACAAAGGCAACAGUCUUAUGAUAAACUGGAAUCCAUUUUGUGUUAAACUGAUAUUUUUGAUUGAGAGUGGCAUUACUUCUCUAUCAAAAAAAGAAAUAAGGGAUUUUCAGAAACGGCUCAAAAAUGCCUCAGACCAGAACAGCAAGGACUAUGUGAUCCUGCAGAUUUUACCUUUCAUCUGCAAACAGCAAGGAAGGGUAAAGGUUGGAAGAAAGACAUUGAAGCCAUCAGCAGAAGAGUCCAAGGAUGCAUUUCUGCAGCACAUUAGAGACUCUAGUGACCUUGAUGUGACUAUAAAAUCUCGCCAUGAGAGGGCUUCAAAGUUUGGAGCCCCAGUACAGCCCUAUAUUGUUGUCCUCGGGGAACAUGAAGACACUUGUCGAGCAGCAUAUGUGAUUGUUGACAGAGUGCCAUGGAAAGUAGGUGGGCCUCUGGCUGCAGUCGAUUUGUGCUUCAAAACAUGCUUUGGAUUGAACUGCCACUUUCCACCCGAGGCCAUGCAUUUGUGGCUGUUUGUGCAGCAUUACCUAUACAAUGCAGAAAUUUAUGAAGAUCCUGUGAUUGAAUCUGUGAUAAGUCUUAUUGACCAUUUGAAUAAUGUUGUGGAAGAUGAUGCUGCCAGUUAAAGUUGUUGCUUCUU